CCCGCCGCAUAAAAGGUGGGGGUAAUAGGAGGUACACUAGAACUCGCGGGUCCUAGUGUUGGUGUGGUCCGGGCGUCAAGGCGGCGGCGUCGGCAUUUGGCAGCGAUCGAGCAGACGGACCAGGAUGGCGACCUUGGUGACCUUGGCGGCGCUGGCGGCGCUGUCCUGCGCGGCCGCCGCGCCCCUCAACGUACUGCUGGUCAGCACGGUGUCCUCGCCCAGCCACUACAUCUGGACCAACGCGCUGGCCACGGGGCUGCUGGAGCGCGGCCACCGCGUCACCGAGCUUGUCAUCCGGCCGCCCGCCGUCAAGCACGAGAACAGAACCAGCUUCGUCAUCACGGCGCCGACCUACGGCGAUGAGCACGGCUGGGACCUGGAGGUGACCAACGUGCUCAGCCUCUGGGAGGAGAUCCCCUUCUUCUACUCGUUCUGCGUCGAGUCCGCGAAGGCGGCCUUCGAGUCGCAGGCCUUCACCGACCUGAUGAAGCAUCUGAAGGAGAAGAAGCCCAAGUUCGACGUCUUCGUCCUGGACUUCAUCAUGCAGGAGCCCAUGAUCGGGCUCAACUCCGUGAUCGGGCGCGUCCCGGUGGUGGCGUUCACGGCCUUCAACAUGCCCGAAGAGGUCCUGCAGGCCAUGGGCUCGCCGUUCGUGGCGUCCAUGCUGCCGUUCCAGGGCGUCGGCGCGGACGGCGGCGUGCCCAUGACCUUCAGGGAGCGCGCCGACAACGCCUUCAAGUGGCUCACCUACAAGCUCUACGCGCACUACGUGGACAGGCCCAGGAUCAACCAGGACAUCGCCAAGUGGUUCCCCGGCGCCCCCAGCCUGGAGGAGCUGGAGAAGGACCUGGCCAUCAGCCUGGUGAACACGAGUCCGCCGCUGCACGGCGGCAUGCCCACGGUGCCCGCCGUCGUGGAGGUGGGCGGGCUGCAGGCCCAGCCGCCCAAGCCGCUGCCCAAGGACCUGCUGGACUGGGUGGACGCCAAGAACGCGCCGCACGGCUUCAUCUACAUGGCCUUCGGCACCAACGUCAAGGCCAAGAUGAUCCGCAAGGAGCGGCGCGACGCCAUCCUGCGCGCCUUCGGCCGCCUCAAGCAGCGCGUGCUCUGGAAGUACGAGGACGACGACAUCCACGACAAACUGCCGCCCAACGUCAAGGUGGCCAAGUGGCUGCCCCAGAACGACAUCCUCGGCCACCCCAACAUCCGGUGCUUCGUGUCGCACAACGGCGGCCUCAGCACGCAGGAGGCGAGCUACCACGGCGUGCCCAUCGUCGGGGUGCCCUUCUUCGUGGACCAGAUCGGCUACUCGCACAAGAUCGAGAAGAUCGGCAUCGGCCGGCGCGUGCACUACCAGUCCAUCACGGAGGACUCGUUCUUCGAGACGGUGUUCGACGUCGCUAACAACCCCAAGUACCGCGAGAACAUGCAGAAGGUGCGGCAGGCGCUCCGCGACCAGAAGGAGACCCCGCUGGAGCGCGCCGUGUGGUACAUCGAGUACGCGGCGCGCACGGGCGGCGCGCCGAACCUCCGCUCCCCCGGGCUGCAGCUGCGCUGGUACGAGCUGUACAUGCUGGACCUCCUGGGCGCCGCCCUGCUCGCCGUCGUCCUCUUCGUCUGGCUGGUCAGCCGCAUGGUCGCCGCCUUCGUCGGCCUGCUCUUCUGCACCGCGCCCAAACGCGCCAAGGCCAAGACACAGUAGGCCGCACGAGUGUGUGUGUGUGUGUGCGCGUGGGCAGUGUAAAAACCAAGGACGCGUCGGAUUGGCCCGCCGGCGCCUUGUCGCGGCGCGUGGAACGUUCCCGCCAUUUGCGGCACCUGGCUUGCGAUGCACCGCCUUGCGACGUUCCGGCGCGUCGUUCUACAGCUCGUUCUAGAAGAGCCAAAUCUAGAGUGCUCGCGGCGCUAAGGCCUCAGACCAGCCGGCCAAAGUGAUAAGGAAAAGAUACGCUUAGAUAGUUGCUGUUACUCUCGACGCUUUAUUUCCUACAAGAUUCGGCCUACCCGCUUAGUUUAUAAAUACGCUGGAUUAGUACAAAAACGGAGUCCCCGGGGACGGCGCGAUACGAGGAGUACAAGAAUACAUUCUAAUGGUAACAACAGUGGAAGCUUGUACAGUUACAGCUGGCUUAAGAUAAGAGGGACCUUUACAUAGUACUGUACAAAUAAUUUAAGCUCUCUUCUCACUAUAUAUAUAAGACGACAAGACAUAUGUACAUAUAGAUUUAAUAAUAACUAAGAACUAAAACUUAAAUUACUCAAAUUGCACCAUAAAUCAUUAUGACUCGGUCCUGAACAAAAUAUUUUUCCGGCUUAUCUUUGGUACGGCUAAACGUUGUCUGUGAAACAAAUUGACACUUUUUUCUAUACGAACGCAAUUAGGUCAUUUUAAAUAACUUUUUUUCAAACAUUUCAAGCUUUAGUGGUUUGUUACAUUGCUAAAAACCAAAGCUCAGCAGUCAAUACAUUGAAUGUAAAGGCGUUUCGAACGAAUUAAAUUGUGUACAUAAAUGGA